AUGGCGACGGCAGGGAAUUCGAAGGCACCGAGUGGCGAGAAUCCGUCCUUAGCCGGGGAGCUCUAUCAGGCUGCAAUCUCUCUGCAUCAGAGUAUCAACCGGAUCGGGGCCAAGGGGGACAUGAUGUUCGAGAUUGGUCGUCUUGACGCCGCGCAUCGCGUAACUCUGUUUGAGUUGAGAUCGGAGAUGUUCGAGCUGUCGGAAAAGAUCAGCGGCCUGAUGCACGACGCCGCUCGUAUUGAAGCUAAAGGUGAGAUGGACACUGAUGGGAGGUCGUUGAUGGCAGAAAGAAAGGAGCUGCUCGAUCUGUUAGCAAAGGAGACCAAGGGGUUGUUCGGUGGCAAGGCAGGCAAUCUACCCGAAUCGAUUAGUGAGAUCCUACUGAAAUUCAGAAAUUUUGUCGGUGACAUCAAUUCAGUAUUUGAAGCAGAACAGACCCGCAAGGAGGCAGCGGCAGUGCUAAGCUUGGGCUUCAGGCUACACUUCUUCUCCAAGCAGAUCCAUGAGCUGUGGCAAGAGAUGUGCAAGUUGCAGAGUUUGUUCUCGCCAGAGAACAAAGAUGUCAUGAGAACAAUGAUCGUUUUGAAGAAUGAGUACCUGCCCCGUAUCUGCAAGUUGCAAUGGAUUGCUAAACGUGUCAGCAUGCUGCAGCAAGUGGACCCGGAUUUUGAUUCCAAGGUGAAAUUGAUGAUGAUACAGUUGAAAUCUGAAUCUUUCUUAUCAGCUAUGGAGGAGGUGGAGAGGGAACACAUAUGCAAAUCUUCCAUGGACGAGGAGGAGAGGAGGUUCGCUGCCUACCGUAUGAACUGGGACCGUAUAUGGGGGCACCACAAGAACUUCGACGACCAGACGCUUUUGAGCCCCAUGCUCUAUACACAUUGCACACCGCGCCGCAUCCCAAUUGAAGCUGCAGCCGGGAGUACCUUACAGAUCUAUUCCAUUAAAAUCUCGGCAACAAAAAAUCUCACAUUGCCAGUGGAGGUGUAUGGAGUGGUAGCAGCCCGAGAUACUGCGGACCGUCAUCGCAACCCUAUAUUCCUUCGCAGAAGUAACUACUGCCAAAGACUGGAAGAAAAUGAUUCCUUUUUGUGCCUGGAUGGCCCGGUUCGUGCGAUUGUGUCCAUGGGCACUGUGUACUUUGAAAUUCAACUAAAAGUAAAGGGCGCAUCAGAAUCUGAAGAUAGAGCAUUGAUCAGUACUUAUUUCUUCUACAACGGUGAUAGUUCCGGCGGGCAUGUGGCUAAGAACGACUUCUGCACAGUGGAGUUUUGCUGGGAGCAACUUCGGCAGUCAGUGCAGGCUACUAUCCUGAGUGUGUUUGUUACAUCUGUAGAUGGAAAAUUGCCUUUUCCACAUGGUGGCAGAGUUGUUUGCUCUUCACAACCUCAGGAUGGUAAUGAAGAUAUUGCUGGGCUCUCAUCCAGGCAAGUUGUGUUGGUUGAUUCAGAAGGCGGAAGAAUGCCAAUCGCUGAACAUGGCUAUCUUGAGCUGUCAAGAGAAGUGGUUUCUGUGGAAUUGAAUGGAGAGUUAAAAGUCCUUAUAGAGGCCUAUUCGACAACACAAUCUGUUGAGAGUGCUCAAGUCAUCUUAAUCACACCUAAAAAAUCCAACAUAACGAAAGUUGCAAGUAGCCUAUAUGCUGGUGGCCCUAAGGUGGAGAUUACUGUUGCUUGGUCCCUCAUUCCGUCGAAGAUGCUUAAUUGA